AUGAAGCUGGUUAAUAAUGAUGAUGUUAAAAAUCCUAAAGCUGUAUACUUGCCACAUCAUGCAGUGGUGAGAGAAGAUAAAGAGACAACAAAGGUCCGAGUGGUGUUUAAUGCGUCAAGUAAAGGUGUAAAUGACGUGUCUCUUAACGAUGAUCUUCUUAAAGGCCCUAAACUCCAACAGGAUUUGGGUCACCUUUUACUAAGAUGGCGCAUACAUCCCAUUGGUAUCGUCGCAGACCUGGUGAAGAUGUACCGGCAGGUGUAUGUCCAUGAAGAUGACACAGACUUUCAAAGGAUUUUGUGGAGAACUAAACGGCCUAUAACCAAGAGAAAAGUUUUGUCGGAUAUUGCAAGACUGUAUGACCCCAUCGGGUGGAUAGCUCCUAUAGUAAUUACGGCCAAGGUGUUUAUCCAGAGAUUGUGGAAAGAAUGCCUUGACUGGGACAAUGAAUUGCCUACAAAUCUGCUGUCUGAGUGGUUAGAAUACCGACGCGAGUUGACGAACGUUAAGGAUAUAUCAAUACCCCGGUGGUUGUGUUCAACUAAGGAGUCUAAACUGGAACUCCACGCGUUCUCAGAUGCAUCAAGUGUGGCCUAUGCGGCUGCAGUUUAUCUUAGAGUAGUAGACGAGAACAAGCAAAUACACGUAAGGCUUGUCACUGCCAAAACUAAAGUAGCACCCAUAGAAAAGGAGGUGUCUAUACCGCGCUUGGAGAUAUGCGGGGCCACUCUAGCCGCAAAACUAUUAAAUGAAAUUUCGCAGGUAUUGAGCAUACCUAAUAAGGAUUUAUAUGCCUGGACAGACUCAAAUGUGGUAUUGGCGUGGCUACGAGGACCUGUGAAUCGAUGGGCGACUUAUGUAAUUGACGAGAUGAACAAACUCUACAAUUAUGUAUCAAACAAGCUCAAGAACGUGAUCUCGCAGAAGAAAUACAAC